UGUGGGAAGGUAAAUAUACGGGAAACUUAUGGAAGAUAAGGGCAGGUUAGUGGACUUUGUGAUGGAGAUAUCUCUGGUGCCGUCUCUGGGUUGAUAAAGGUCUAGAGGUGUCUAUGGUGAUUGACUUCUGACCUUCCUGGUAGAAAAGAGAGGUACAAAUUUAUGUUCUGCUUUUAGGCAAAUGAAGGGAGGGCAGAGAGCUUUUCUUGUGUUUUCUUCUCAAUUGUUUUCAGCUUAAAAUCAUCCUUAUGCUGAAGUGCUAUAUUUUGGGGUGGUGUAUUUGGGGUGGUUUAUUUGGGGUGUACACAGCAGGUGCUCAGAGAAGACAAAGCUGAGUCCACUGAGUGUAGCCCAGGCAAAGGUGACAGCAAUGGCCUCACUGCCGUUGGACACACAAUUUGGGCUGCUCUCUUAGUUGUAAAAGAGGAAAUUGUGGUUCCCCCAGGAGAUGCGAAACUUGUCAAAGGUCACUGUACAGAUGACAGAGCUGGCAUUUAAGUCUCCGUUUGGGGAAUGCUGCCUCCAUGUUGUCUGGCUUCAUGUUGCCAAGGGUGGGCUUUUGUAGGGGAGGAACUGGGGAAGCUGCUGCGUUAUCCCUGCCUCUCCCCUGCCACCUCAAGUGUCCUUGUGCCUCCAGCUAUUUCCUCCCAUUUGCCUGAUUUUAUUAGAGGCAAUUUCUCCUUGGCUUUCACCGUUGAUGGCUCCGAGAGUCCACUGACAAUUGCAGAGACUCUCAGGAACGGGCAGGCUUUAUCUGCAUCCCUGCCAGGAGCCAGUUUCUUCAGGGCCUUACGCUCCUGGCCUGGGAGCCUGGAGGUGGCAUUCCUUGCAGGAGGGGGCCGCCAGGGACAGGGAGGAACAGGGUUGCUGGCGGUGUGUUUCUGCCGUGUGUCCCUGGACUUCUGGGUUUGCGUGGCAGCAGCUCAGCCUGAGGCUAAGGGCGAGGGAGACAAGCCUGGGCAUGUCUGGUGGGGCAGGCUGGCCAGGAGCCUGACUGUAUUAAGAAUGCAGAGAUCCUUGGGAACCUCCACUGGACCAGAGGCAUGGCUGUCUCUGACUUCCAGCGUGACAUGCUGCUUCAUGCACUUUCCUAAAGUCCUACAACAACAAUGUGACAAAGAGAAUAACCUUCCCUGUCUGGUGACAACCUGUUCUUUCAAGGGCCAGUUCAGACGGCACCACCCUGUGAAUGAAGCCUUUCCUGACUCUGCAAACAGGGUGGGCCAUGUCCCCUUCCCUCCGCUCACUGCAUCCAUCAGCGAUCGAUCCCGGUUGUUCUCAUGUCAGCCUCGGCUGGACCGUGACCCGCGUGAGGAGAGCACCCUUGUCUGGCCAUCUUUAUACCCUGACACCCAGUGUGGUGUUUGGCAUGGAGCCGUAUUAGGAGCUGCACUGUGCCUCCCAGCAUUCAUCUGUGGAAGCUCAACCCUCCAGCGAGCUGUGCACUUGUGCACCAACAGGCGCACCAUCAAAGCACCUCCACCUGGCAGCCCCCUCUCCCUGUCAGUAUCCAUGAUGACUCUUCCAUGCCACAAAGGGGAGGGAAAGAAGAAGAGAGGGAAGAGGAAGAAAGAAGAUGGAUGUGCAGAUUGUUUUAAUUAAUAGCUAAAAGGAAGGAGAAGGAGAUGUCCU